AUGGCUAGAAAAAAGGUGAAGCUCGCUUUCAUUGAGAAUGAUACUGCAAGGAAAUCAACAUACAAGAAUCGAGAGAAGGGUUUAGUGAAGAAGGUUGAUGAACUAGCAACCCUUUGCGGUGUAGAGGCUUGUGCCAUAAUAUAUGGCCCCUACGAUCCACAACCUGAGAUCUGGCCAUCGGCGUCCGGAGUACAAAAUGUGCUUUCGAAAUUCAUGACAAAGUCUGAGUUCGAAAAAAGAAAAAAGAUGGUGAAUCAGGAGAGUUUUCUGAAAGAAAGGAUUUCAAAGGCUGAAAAGCAAUUUGAAAAACAAUGGAAAGACAACAGAGAGAAAGAGAGAAGCAUGUUCUUGUUUGAAUGUCUCAGUGCUGGGAACGUGGUGCAGAAGGAUAUGUCGGUGGCUGGUUUGAAUCAUCUUGCUUGGAUGAUUGAUCAGAAUCUUAAGGAGAUUGGCAGAAGGAUUGAAGCAGAUGAUAGAAACAGUAAUAAUCAUCAAUGUGAAAGCCAAGAACAUCUCCAAAUGGAACAGUCACUGCUUCUACCAUUGGCGCUGCCACCACCAACCAUCUCCAAUCACUACAACACGCGUGGGCUUUAA